AUGUCAGCCUCCAACCUCAGCGGAAACAACCUCCCAGCCACUUUUUUUCUGACAGGAAUCCCAGGAAUGGAGACUAUCCACAUCUGGAUAGCCAUCCCCUUUUUCAUCAUGUACCUGGUGGCUCUGGCUGGAAAUGCUGCCCUUGUCCUGAUCAUUAUAAUGGACAGUGCUCUUCAUGAACCCAUGUACCUCUUCCUUUGCCUUCUCUCCAUCACUGACCUGGCUCUCAGCUCUACCACCAUGCCCAAGACACUGGCAAUUUUGUGGCUCCAUGCUGGCGAGAUUUCCUUUGCUGGCUGCCUAGCUCAGAUGUUUUGUGUUCAUGCUGUUUAUGCUCUAGAGUCCUCAGUCCUUCUGGCCAUGGCCUUUGAUCGAUACGUGGCUAUCUGUGACCCUCUGAGAUAUACAACCAUUCUCAACCAUGGUGUCAUAGGCAGAAUCAGUCUUGCUGGAGUAUUCCGUAGCGUAGCCAUUGUUUCCCCCUUCAUCUUCUUGCUGAAGCGAUUACCCUACUGUGGGCACCGUGUCAUGGCACACACUUACUGUGAGCACAUGGGCAUUGCUCGCCUGGCCUGUGCCAACAUCACUGUCAACAUUGUCUAUGGGCUGACUGUUGCCCUGCUGGCUGUGGGUUUAGAUUCUAUCCUCAUUGCCAUCUCCUAUGUCUUUAUCCUGCGAUCUGUCUUUUGCCUGCCAUCUCGUGAUGCCCGGAGCAAGGCUCUGAGUACCUGUGGCUCCCACCUUGGGGUCAUUCUUGUCUUCUACAUUCCUGCUUUCUUCUCAUUUCUCACACACCGCUUUGGUAGACACAGUGUUCCCAAGCAUGUGCACAUCUUUCUGGCGAAUCUCUAUGUACUGGUGCCUCCUGUACUCAACCCAAUCAUCUAUGGAGCCAGAACCAAGGAGAUCCAGAGUAGACUUCUGAGAAUGCUUCACUUGAGGAAGGACUCAGCGUGA